UCCCCAGAGGGUGCUGAAGCCAAGGAUGCAGCAAAACUAACAAAACAAGAGCCAACAAGACGAUCUGCAAGAUUAUCAGCUAAACCAGCCCCACCAAAACCUGAGGCUAAGCCAAGAAAAACCGCUAAGAAGGAACCUGGAACAAAGGCUAAUAAAGGUUCUAAAGGGAAGAAGGAUGAAAAACAGGAAGCUGCAAAGGAAGGUACUACACCAUCUGAAAACGGUGACAGUAAAGCUGAAGAGGUACUUUAUAUAUCCUGCUGAUUCAGUCAGUGUGUUUUACAAUUCAGUUUCUGAGCCGUUGAAAGCAUGUUCAUAAUACUUUUUUUUAUUGCCCCGUAAUGUUAUUACAGAUUCGCAUCUCGCUCAACUGUUAGUGUUUCAACAUCCAGAGGUGUCCCACCCAGCACAUGUCAGUAAAAGGGCAGAUUGAAACAGUGAAAGUUAAGGGUACAGUAGAGCAUUCUGCAUAUGCAGUGAAUAGGAACAGGUAGUAGUGUG